GGUCCAGUCCAUUUUCGGUCAGUAACUGUUUGAUGGCAGCAUUCUGAUAAAACUUGUUUAAAACCUUUAAAAGAUCAGCCUUAUUUAAGCUACCUGUGAGUUCUGCUCCUACAUUUAUAUCGUCAGGAUUAUGUUUCACUUGAACUGGCACAAAUAAAGAGGAUACGUCUUUACUGGAGCCCCUUUUGCCUCUUGUUUGUACAUAGUUCAAAGAUCUUAGGAAUUUUGAUUCGUUUGAAAUUUUUAAGGAAUGUUGUAGCACGGUACUGAGCGUACACGAUAUGGCACGGAGUUUUGUUUGCGGUAGCAUAUUGUAUUGUUAAAUAACAUUAAUAAUAGAUAAAUUGUAAAAUAAAUUUAAAGAGAAACGCACUUUUUCUUUGGAAAAUAAAGUAGGGUUAUGUUUUCAUGAGGACAAAAUAUAAGGUUAUGUGCUACGUCAUUAGUAAAAAAUGUAUUUGUAUCUUUGUCUUUUACAUGUUGAAAGAAAAAGAUGCAAAGUUGUCAAUUCAAAAUGCCAUGUUGUCAUGUGGGUCAAUUUCAGUCAUUGUUUAUUUAUUUUGAUUUUGGUAUUUUAUAAAAAUAUUACAAUUUCCUUCUAAAAACAAAAUGAUUGAGUAGUUUUCUUAAAGAAAAUCAAGUUUUAAGUAUUAAAAUGGGUAAUCAACUUGUAGGUAUUGCCUCCUCUCAAAUUUUUCCAGUAGAAUGGUACCUGAAAGAACAUCCUGAACUAAAAUUUGUUAAAAGUUUGGGAAGUACCAGAUUCCUAAAAGUAGCUCGAGCAGAAUCGCAAGAAGGCCCCGUUGUCAUUAAAGUAUUCGCUAUACGAGACCCUUCGUUGCCUCUUCAAACCUAUAAAGAACGUCUAGAAGAAAUCAGAAAGAAACUUUCUACUGCUGUAAACUGUACCCCCUAUCAAAAGUUUAUUUUAACAGAAAAAGCUGCUUUAAUUAUUAGAGAAUAUGUUAAAUAUAGUUUGUACGAUAGAAUUAGUACCAGACCUUUUUUAACAGAUAUAGAAAAGAGAUGGAUUACAUUCCAAAUAUUAUACGCCUUGCACCAAUGCCAUAAAGUAGGAGUUUGUCACGGCGAUAUUAAAUUAGAAAACAUCACAGUUACCUCCUGGAAUUGGGUGAUGCUUGUAGAUUUUGCGUCUUUUAAGCCAACAUUUUUGCCCAUUGAUAAUCCAGGAGAUUAUUCUUACUUCUUUGACACAUCUAGGCGUAGAACGUGCUAUAUAGCUCCUGAAAGAUUUUCAACUACAACUAAUUUGGGAUCCACCAAUGAGAGCAGUGCACUUAUAUCUGAAACAAUUUGCGAUUCUGGAGAUCUUACUCCUGCUAUGGAUAUUUUUUCUGCAGGGUGUGCUCUUUUGGAAUUAUGGAACGAAUUACAUUUCCCCUUUGACUAUUCCCAAUUACUAUCUUACCGUGCUGAAAAAUAUUCACCCCAAAAGCACCUCGACAAACUGGAGGAUCCAAACUUGAGAUGUCUCAUAGCCAACAUGAUUGAUAGAGACCCACUAAAACGUCUAACUGCAGAGGAUUAUCUCGCUCAACACAGAGGCACAUUAUUUCCAGAAUAUUUCUACACUUUUCUGCAAUCUUAUAUGCUAAUAUUCUCGGCCAAUCCUAUAAUGUCGCCAGACGAAAAAAUUACCAGACUCAAAAGCGAUAUAGGGAAUAUUUUCAAGUUUCUAGGUCCUGUUAAAAAAUCCUACGAAGAAGAUCCUGAAUUGGAAGAAGAAGAAAAACAGGACGAGGAAAAAGAUGAAGAAAGAGGUGAAUGUGAAGGCUUGGUUAUUAUAACUUCACUAGUGACUUCUUGUAUUCGUGGCCUACACGAAUGUCCUUCAAAACUGUUCAGCUUAGAAAUUUUACUCGAAUUGGCUUAUCAUGCUAGUGAUGAAACUAUUUUGGAUAGGAUAUUACCUUUUCUAGUGUAUUUAGCUCAUGAUUAUAACUCUAGAGUGAAAAUUUGCGCCAUUAAUACAAUCACCAAAUGUUUAAAUUUGGUGCAAAGACUACCUAGGUCUGACUCUAACAUAUUUCCAGAAUACAUUUUACCUGAAUUAGCACAACUAGCUACAGAUACUAAUGCAUGCGUCAGAGCUGCUUAUGCUAGGAAUAUUAGCAGUUUAGCAGAAAUUUCAUUAGGCUUUCUCGAUCAAAUUCAAAAUAUUUGGUACGGAGAAGACAGCAGUGAUAAAUCAGACAAUGAGCACACCUUCAAUUAUGAAUUAGAGCUGCAGGCCUUACAUGAAAUGGUACAGCAAACUGUUAGUGCCUUGCUAACUGAUUCUCAUAGCAUUGUAAAGCAGGCCCUUAUCAAUAAUGGUAUUAAUAAGUUGUGUGUGUUUUUUGGAAAAGCAAAAGCCAAUGAUGUUAUUCUAUCACAUAUGAUAACAUUUUUGAAUGACAAAGAAGACACCCAAUUGAGAAAAUCCUUUUUUGACUGUAUUGUUGGUGUUACUUCUUACAUUGGAUGGCAUUGUGGUACUAUUUUGACGCCUUUACUUUUGCAGGGCUUAACUGAUAGUUCAGAAUUUGUAACGAGAAAAGCUAUUUUAGCAAUGGCAGCACUUACCGAAUACAAUUUAGUUACAACAUCCUCUUUAUGUGAAUUAAUAAUUGAGUGUUCAUUUUUUUUGGUUCAUCCAAAUUUAUGGAUCAGAGAAGCUGUAUGUGGCUUUAUAGCAAAAGCGGGCGGAAGAUUGUCAGUGCUAGAUGUACAAUGCAAAGUUAUGCCGCACUUGACUAUAUAUAUGAAGUAUAAAUUGAUUCAAAUUGAAAAGCCUGAACUCUUACUAGAUUCACUGGUACCACCAAUACCAAGAAGUGUUUAUGAUAAUGUGAUAAACUACCAAGAUAUUAACAAACUGAUGGACGUUUUACAAGAAAGAAAACACAUAAGAGACUGUAUCAAUUCUGGCACUUCUCCCACUUAUGAUUUUUAUAUUGAAAUGAAUACUAAUUUAAAGAGUCUUUUUCGAAGAUUGGAAGCAAACGGAAUGACUCCUGAAGUGGAAGAAUACCUGCUUAAAAUGGGCAACCACUUAAAAAAAAUCCACAAACACAAAACAAGCGCUGAUGCCAGAUUCAAAAACCACGACGGCAAAGACAGUUUUACCACUACCGUAAGAAAUAGAGUUUUCCAGUUUAGCGACUCUCACAAAAACGAUUACGGACGAGGUGGCCUUCACAGAACCAACACGUUAGGUUCAAUAGACACCAACGUGAACUCAGAUUGGAACUAUAGUUCAGAAGUAUUGACGCGGCAAUCAGAAUCGACCAAUAGUGGAGCUCCAUCGUCGCGUUCCACCAAUAGUAGGCCUUCGUCGCCUCCACCUGAUGCUCAUCUAACUCAGUUUAUCAGUACCACUACUGAUGCGUCUAGUUUACAUGAAAAAAGCUUUAUUCAGUAUAGAAGAUCUACUUGCUACAUAGAACUGACAAAAUUGAAAAAUAUCCAACAGGAUCAUUACUAUGAAGCACUUAGAAACAAAGAAUGGGCAGAACAAGCUGCCUGGAAACCGCAACUACCCCCACCUGGCUGGCACCCCCGAGGCAUUUUAGUAGCCCAUCUGCACGAACACAAAAGUGCCGUAAAUAGAUUGUGUAGGUUUCCAGAUUCCGCUUAUUUUGCCAGUAGUUCAGUUGACGGUACCGUCAGGCUUUGGGAUUGUGCCGCUUUUGAGUCAGGUAGCUUCGCGAAUCGUUCCAAACAACAAUUUAGAUUACCGAAUUCCUCUCCUGUUACUGGUCUAGCUGUUUGUGAUGGAGGCCAGUCUUUGGCCGCUUCCUGUCAAAACGGAUGGGUCGGUGUUUUGCGAGUUGAUUUUUCUAGUUCAAAAAUGAGCCUUCUACAAUCUAAACAAUUAGAUUCGUAUGAGGAUGGUUUUGCAGUUGAUUUGCAAUGUCUCGAUCCUGGAACUCAAAGCAUUGUUGUCUAUGCAACACUUUAUGGAGACUUAGUUGCUUGGGACUUGCGUCAACCUGGAAUAGCUUGGAGGCUAAAAAAUGGCUUAAGACAAGGCGUAAUUACAACAUUUUGCGUUGACGCCCAUCAAAAUUGGUUAGCAUUGGGUACCAGCGAUGGAAUACACACUGUUUGGGAUAUGAGAUUUAGGUUACCCAUUACCACAAUUGAUUUACCAUCAAGUGGUCAAGCUGUAAGAAUAAGAAAAGUCAUACCACACCCAACUGAACAUUCCUGGCUAAUGUCCAGUGUCCAAGGCAAUAACGAAAUAUCAAUGUGGAAUUUGGAAACUGGUUCGAGGCAAAAAGUUUUAUGGGGCAGUACUACUCCGCCUUUAUCAAAAUUAAACCAGGCAAGCCAUCAAACAAGUCACAGCGUAUGCUCAAUGCUAGCAGGGUGUAUAGACAGAUCUCCUUUUCUACUUUCGGGUGGUACCGAUCAAAGACUGAGAUUUUGGAAUUUGGAAAGUCCUUCUGAAAGUUACUUGGCUUUGCCUGCAGCUAGCGAUCCUGCUGGUACUACUUUAUCCUAUCGCAGCAGGUUGAUUGAUGGUACUGAUGUUAUUUAUGAAGAGCACUCAAAUAUGAGGCCGAAAGAUAAGGCUGAAGAGGUACCUCGGGCUGGUCCAGAACCCCCAGCAGCCGGUCAUAGGGAUUGCAUUUCGGAUAUUAUUUUGUGUAAGGCCAGUCAGUGCUUUGUUGUUACGGCUUCCAGAGAUGGAGUUAUUAAAGUUUCUAAGUAGAUUUGUGUGAUGGAAUUUUUCUUUUGUGAUAUUGGGGCAAGGAUGUUUUUUUUAGUCAGUAAGCUAGUGAUAAAUUAUGUAUUAAAUUAUAAAACAUAAUAUGCAUUAAUGUUUGGUGAUUUUUGUUAUGUAUUUACACAAGUGUUACGAAAGUAGAAGAAAAUUUUGAGAAUAUAAAACAUGUACGAAACAAUCCAGAAGCUCGGGUAAAAUCUGAAGAAUAUGAGGAUACAGAAGUAGAAGCAAUUGAGAGAAAACUUCGCCAAAAUAUCUUGAAGAUUAUUGAGAUUUGAAUGUAAGGCUACAUUUACAAAAUCAAAUAUAUCCGGAAAAAUUCUUGUUUUGCUAGAAAAAUUCUCUAAGCAACUUGCAUAAAAAUACAAUUUUUAAUCAUGCGAGUGCAAGAGAAUCCGACAAGUCAGGGUCAGUUUGGAAACAAACAAUAAUUAUGAAAGAAAAGUUCGUUACUAUAAAAACUAUUGAAGGCCUUAAUCAUAUCAUCAUCAGAUAUUCAAAAUUCCAUCCAGAAUAAAGACAUCACAUUUUUUGGUACUUCACUUAUCCCCAGCAAAAAACAAGUACCUCUUUUGCAUUAUUCAGUCUUUUGCGACUUAAAUCAUUUCCUCGUACCACAAGGUUAAAUACAAACAAUCUUCUUGUAAGUAGGUAUAUCUCAAUUUUAGAAUAAGUGAUUGAGGGCUUUAGAAUUCUAAGCUAGUGUCUAAAAUCACCAAAUAGUUGUUAUUCAAGGCACAGUCUCAAUGGUAUUGACCUUAACCCUGAGCGAAUCUUAAGCAGAUAAGAUAAUAAGGCGCAAAAGAAUCAUCAAGUUUAUUUAAAUAAAAACAUGUACAUUACUCAGAUUAAUUGGUUUUUUUCUUAUUUGCGACGUCACUAGAUUAUAAAAUACAAAGCCGGGAUGGCAAAUGGGUCAUUUCAAUAGGAGACCUCACCGACUAAGAGAGCGUAGUCCUUUGAAAUAAUAAUUAGUUUUGUGUUUUAAUUAAUAAAUAAUAAUUGCUAGUUUUUUAAUUAAUCAAAAUGAAAGUUAAUGUUGUUUGUUUAAUAGUUUUUUUGAUUGUUAAUAUAAUUGGUAUAAAUGCAGAGGCGAAACCGUUUUUUAAAAAAUUGUUUGGCGGAUAUGAAGACUCUUACGGAUAUGGGAAUUCUUAUGGUGGAUAUGGAUAUCAAAACAGACCCAGGUAAAACUAUAUUGAAAUAUUUUGAUCAAUUAUUUCCAUAGGCGCAACUAGGGGGGUGCUUGGAGGUGCUAAGCACCCCUAAAGCAAAAAUUAGCACUCCCAUUCGGCAUCCCACCAUAGCACUACCUACAGUGGCACUACCUAAAACUAAUAUAAAAAAUCAGUGCAACCAAAUUAUUAUCUUUUUGUACUUAAUUUAGAAAUUUUAGAUUUUACUAUCACUUCUCCGCGAUUCUAAAUUCACUUUUCCGCGAUUGUAAACCCACUUUUCCGCAAAUAUUACCUCAUUUUUCCGCGAUUCUUAUCUCACUUUUUUUGAAAUUUUUAACUAAUUUUUUUUGCGAUUUUUGACCCACUUUUUUGCAAUUUUGUCUUCACUUUUUUGCGAUUUUUGGAUCUUUUUUUUUACGAUUUUUGACUCUCUUUUUUGCGAAUUUGUCCUUACUUUUUUGCGAUUUUAGCCUCACUUUUUUGCGAUUUUACCCUCACUCCUCGGCGAUUACAAACUUAUUUUCCGCUAUUUCAUCCUCAUUUUCCCGCGAUUGUUUCCCUACUUUCCGCGAUUUUAUCUUCACUUUUCCGCGAAUUUGACCUCACUUUUUUUGUGAUUUUUGAAUUAUUUUUUUUUUGCUAUUUUUUACUCAUUUUUUUGCGAUUUUACCAUCACUUACCGCGAUUCUAAAUCCACCAUUUUGCGAUUGUCAACCCACUUUUCUGUAAAUAUUAUCUCAUUUUUCCGCGAUUCUUGUCUCGCUUUUUUUUACGAUGUUAUCCUCACUUUUCCGCAGUUCUUAUUUCAUUCUCCGCGAUUUUAUCCUCACUUUUCGUGACUUUAUCCUCACUUUUCGUGACUUUAUCCUCAUUUUUCCGUGAGUCUCAUCUUACUUUUCCGCGAGUUUAAACUCACUUUUUUUGAAAUUUUUGACUCAUAUUUUUUUUUGCGAUUUUUGACUCUUUUUUUACGAUUUUAUCAUCACUUUCCGCGAUUUUAUCCUCAUUUUUCCUCAUUUCAAAAUUACGAGAAUGACGAUAAUUUUUGAAAAGUUACGAAAAAUUACGGGAAUUACGUUAAAGUACGUAAAAUAUGAAAAAUUAUGAGAUUUGCAAACAUUUACGAGAAUCACGGAAUAACAAAAAAUUGCGGGAAUUACAAAAAUUAUGGGAAUUGCCAAAUAUUACACAAAAGAAUUACGAAGUUACUCCAAAAUUACGUCAAUUAUUUAAAUAUUACUAAUUUUUGAAAAGUUACGAAAACUAACAAGACAAAUUACGAAAAAUAAUGGGAAUUAUAAAAAUUUACGGAACCCAGUAAAAUGACGGAAAUGACGAACAUUUACGGGAAUUAUGAGAAAUUAUAAAAAUUACGGGAAUUGAGAAAAAUACGAAAAAUUACAAAAAUUACGGGUAUUACGAAAUAUUACGGGAAAGAAUUACAAAGUUAUUUCAAAAUUACGUGAAAUACGGUAAUUCCCAAAAUAACGCAAAUCACAAGUUUUUGAAAUUACGAAAAUUACAAUAACUUGGGGAAAAUUAGAAAAUUCCGAAUUUUUUUGGAAAUUAGGUAAAUUGAAAAUACAAAUAAUUACUGGAAUUACGAAAACAUUACGAUGGAAAAAGCGGGAAAAAUUGUGGGAAUAACGAAAAUUACCAAG